AGGCAGUCUGGAACUCAAGGUGCUAUUACAGGUGUAGGGCUGUCAAUUGGCUACCCUACUCAAUUUGAUGGAUCAGCUGCUGGACUUCUUGUUAUUUCAGCUGCUCCGGGAGGUCCUGCAAAUAGGGCUGGGAUUUUGACUGGGGAUGUUAUUGUAGCAAUUGAUGAUACAAGUACAGAAACCAUAGGCAUAUAUGAUGCAGCAGAACGGUUGCAGGGAACCAAAGGAACUUCAGUGGAAUUGACCAUUCGAAGUGGACUUGAAAUAAAGCACAUAGCUUUGACGCGGGAGAAAUUUUCACUAAAUCCAGUGAAAUCAAGACUAUGCAAAGUGCCUGGUUCAGGGAAAGAUUCUCCUAGGAUUGGUUAUAUCAAAUUAACAUCUUUCAACCAAAAUGCAUCUGGCGCUGUCAAGGAAGCAGUUGAUUCUUUAAAGAGUAGUAGUGUUAAUGCCUUUGUGUUGGACCUUCGAGAUAAUAGUGGUGGUCUUUUCCCAGAAGGAAUUGAGAUUGCCAAGAUUUGGUUGGACAAAGGCGUGAUUGUGUAUAUUUGUGACAGCCGCGGUGUUCGAGAUAUAUAUGACACGGAUGGAAGCAAUGCAAUAGCAGCUUCAGAACCCUUAGCUGUGCUGGUUAACAAAGGAACUGCCAUUGCAAGUGAAAUCUUAGCCGGUGCACUGAAAGACAAUAAAUGCACUGUGUUAUUUGGAGAACCCACAUAUGGGAAAGGCAAGAUUCAGUCAAUUUUUGAGCUAUCUGAUGGCUCUGACUUGGCUGUUACUGUUGCUCGUUAUGAGACACCUGCUCAUACAGAUAUUGAUAAGGUUGGUGUAAUUCCUGACCAUCCUUUACCCACUUCAUUUCCAAAGGACGAGGAGGGAUUUUGUAGCUUCCUCCAAGACCCUGCAUCUGCUUGCUAUGUGAACAGAGUCCAGCUAUUUGCGAGAUGACAAAAUAUUUGGAUAUUUCAUUGCACA